GAAGAAGACGAAGACCCAGGAACAUGUUAAAGCGAAAGUAAAAACACACGACCGUCAUCAACAAGGAAGGCCAUUAACACCAGUGGGAUCAUUUUUCACGGCCUAAUAGCUACCUCUUUCUAUGGAGGGAAAGAAGAGCAGCAUUGCAUCUAAAAUGAGUCUUGAUGAAGAGGAGAACACUGCAGCACCCCCUGAACCCAGCUGUGUGUCUAUAAAGAGUGAUAGAUCCAUAGCUAAGCCCCCUGAUCUCAGAGAUGGAGCAGUGACCUCUGACCCCAGACUGCAGAUCCAGAAAGCAGUAUCACCAGAUCCCAGCUUUGUGUCUGUGAAGAGUAAUAGAUCCAUAGCUAAGCCCCCUGACCUUAGUGAUGGAACACUGACCUCUGACCCCAGUGAUGUGAGGAAUGAUCUGAUCCAGGUUCAUCAUUCUAGAUGUGGAGUUUGUAAGCAGGUUCUGAAAGAUGGAGUCUCAAUCACCUGUGGACACAGCUUCUGCAGAAAGUGUAUCAGCUGCUACUGGGACCAGACUAGUCCAUCAGAAUACUUUGAGUGUCCUCAAUGCAGAAAGAGAUCAAGAACACGUCCUGUUCUGCACACACACAGAGGGUCCAGUUCUGCUGGUUCUGCUCACUUCUACACAGCACUCGACCUGCAGGAGGAUUCUUACCAACCAGUAGAUGAUGUCCUGCUUAGAGUGAAAGAGCAACAUAAAACCAUCAUGAAGAACAAUUAUGAGAGCUUAUUUGAGGGAUUCAAACUACAAGAGAAUCAAACUCUCCUGAACAGGAUUUACACACAGCUCUACAUCAUAGAGGGAGAGAGUGAAGGGGUGAAUGAAGAACAUGAGGUUCUUCACAUGGAGAAAAAAUCCAAAACUCAACACUUACAAGACACUCCGAUCUACUGCAAUGACAUCUUUAAACCCUUACCUAAACCAGGAUGUGAGGAGAAGAGAAAAGACCAAAUAAAGACUGUUCUUACUAAAGGCAUCGCUGGAAUUGGAAAAACUGUCUCUGUGCAGAAGUUCAUUCUGGACUGGGCUGAGAGAAAUGCCAAUCAGGAUGUAGAUUUCAUGUUUGUGCUUCCAUUUCGAGAGCUAAACUUGAUUAAAGAUGAGCCGUACAGUCUUCAUAAACUUCUGCUGGACUUUCAUCCUGAACUUCUUGAUCUGGACUCAAAGAUUUAUGAUGAGUGUAAAGUUGUGUUCAUCUUUGAUGGUCUGGAUGAAAGCAGAAUUCCACUGAUGUUUUCAGACAGUGAGAAAGUUUCUGAUGUGACUGAGACUUCAUCAGUGAGUGUGUUGAUGUCAAACCUCAUCAAAGGAGAUCUGCUUCCCUCUGCUCUCAUCUGGAUCACCUCCAGACCAGCAGCAGCCAAUCAGAUCCCCUCCAAAUACAUCAAGCGUGUGACAGAAAUUCAGGGAUUCAAUGACCCUCAGAAGGAGGAAUAUUUCAGGAAGAGAAUCAGAGAUGAACAUCAAGCCAGCAGAAUCAUCUCACACAUUAGAAAAGCAAGAAGCCUCCACAUCAUGUGCCACAUACCAGUCUUCUGUUGGAUCUCAUCAACUGUGUUUCAGAACAUCCUGAAACAAGAUGACAGUGCAGAAAUCCCUCAAACUCUGACCGAAAUGUACAUCCACUUCCUGCUCAUUCAGAUCAAUAUGAGGAAUCAGAAGUAUGAAGAGAGAGAUCCAGAGAAACCCCUCCAGUCCAACAGUGAAGUGAUUCUGAAACUUGCUGAACUGGCUUUCAAACAACUGAUGAAGGGCAAUGUCAUGUUCUAUGAGGAGGACCUGAUAGAGAGUGGCAUAGACAUCACUGAUGCCUCAGUGCGUUCUGGGAUCUGCACUGAGAUCUUUAAGGAGGAAUCUGUGAUUCAUCAUAGGAAAGUCUACUGCUUCAUACAUCUGAGCUUUCAGGAGUUUCUGGCUGCAUUCUAUGUGUUUUACUGCCAUUUAAUAAAAAAUGCUGACACCUUGAAAUUUGUUGAUUUAGUUUAUAGUUUUCUAAAAGAUGCAGUAAAUAAAGCCCUUCAGAGUGAAAAUGGACGCCUAGAUCUUUUCCUGCGAUUUCUGCUGGGCAUCUCACUGGAGUCCAAUCAGAGACUCUUACAAGAUAUAAUGACACACACAGAGAAUAGCUCAGAGAGCAUCAGGAAAACCUCACAGUACAUUAAAAACACAAUCAAGAAUCACAAACAUCUUUCCACUGACAGAUCCAUCAACCUGUUUCUUUGUCUUUUUGAAAUGAAAGAUCAGACUUUGUACAGAGAGAUUCAGGAUUUUCUGAAAUCAGACAAACACUCAGAGAAUAAACUGUCUCUUGCACACUGUUCAGCAAUCGCCUACAUGCUUCAGAUGUCAGAGGAGGUGCUGGAUGAGCUGGACCUGAAGAAAUACAACACAUCAGAGGAGGGUAGAAGGAGACUGUUACCAGCUGUGGGGAACUGCAGAAAAGCUCUACUUGCCAUGUGUAAUCUCACUGGUCAGCACUGUGAAACUGUGUCUUCAGCUCUACAAUCAUCAAACUCUCUCCUGAGAGAGCUGGAUCUGAGUAACAAUGACCUGCAGGAUUCAGGAGUGAAGCUGAUCUCUGAUGCACUGAAGAGUACAAACUGUAAACUGGAGAUACUGAGAUUAUCUGGCUGUAUGGUGACAGAGGUCGGCUGUUGUUAUGUGGCCUCAGCUCUGAGUUCAAACCCUUCACACCUGAUAGAGCUGGAUCUGAGCUACAAUCACCCAGGGGAAUCAGGAGUCAAACUGCUCUCUGAGAGACUCAACGAUCCAAACUGCAAACUGACGAUACUCAAGUUUGAUCAUGGAGGAGAGGGUAGAAUAACACCAGGACUGCAAAAAUACAUCUGUGAUCUCACUCUGGAUUCAAACACAGCAGAUUAUCAUCUUAUUCUGACUGAUGAGAACAGAAAGGUGACUCGUGUGAAAGAGAAGCAGCCAUAUCCUGAUCAUCCAGAGAGAUUUGAUUACUAUGGACAUGUUCUGUGUAGAGAGAGUCUGACUGGACGCUGUUACUGGGAGGCUGAAUGGAACGGGGUGGCUGAUAUAUCAGUUGCCUAUAGAGGAAUUAAGAGAAAAGGAGAGAGUAAUGAGUGUUUUUUGGGAUACAAUGAACAGUCCUGGACUCUUUACUGCACAAAUAGCAGUUAUUCUGCCUUACACAACAAAAACAGCACAGACAUACUCGCCCCUUCACCCUGGUCUAAUAGAGUAGGAGUGUAUCUGGACUGGUUGGCUGGCACUCUGUCUUUCUACAGCGUCUCUGACACACACGCUCUCACACACUUACACACAUUUUACACCACAUUCACUGAACCCCUCUAUGCUGGAUUUGGGAUUUAUCCAGGCUCCUGUGUGUAUUUGCUUUAGACAGAACUAUCUCUGUUGUGGAACAACAUGAUGACGAGCCCUGACACCCCUGAACUGAUUAAGAAAUGUGACAAAAAUGAUGUCAAUGGUAAAUAACAACCUGAUAUUAUAGUAUAUUUUUUAAUAUAAAACAUAGAAAAGUCUGGGCAUUGUGUAGGCCAGAAAUAUGUACACGAGACUGUGUGACUACGUGACUAUGCUAUGGGAAACACACAAAUGCUGUCUUAACUUAGGUAACGUACACUCAGAAAUGUUAUAUUUAGAAUGAUACACUGGGGAGAAAAACAUUUUUCAGACACUGGAAGGUACAGCCAAGAUUAAAGCUAUUUUAUUAUGUUUAGACUGUUACAAACUCUUUACUUAAAAUGUAUACUCGCAUAAUAAAUUAAUUAAAAAAGUUAUUUUUAAAAAAAUAAGCUGUGUUAAGAUUCCACCAAAAAAGAAGUGUAAAAAAGAAUAUUAAAUAAUGGUGGCAAACAGAGACAGAUGGUGAAUUGAGCCCAUUGGUUAAGAUAAAAGAAAAGGUGUGUUUAUUGGCUCAAAAGAGAUAACAUAAAUGUAUAAAAAUGAAAGUCUGGUACUGGAUAGUCAGAUGAACAGCUGACAUCUCAGGCUUUGCUGCUUUGCUCAAUAAAGCCUAACCCUUGACAUCUGGAACCCCUGACUUCAAGAGUUUUCUUGCAUAGAGGGAAACAGACUUCAACACUCCAUGACAAUAUCAUCACAGAGUUACUCACAUAAAUAUUUGAAUUGGGAUGUUGAUUUUGUUAGAUGAGAAAACAGCUCUUUGAAUGGUCAAUGCAAUAUGACAUUACUUUAAAUGGAGAGUGACAGUAAAUAAAUAAAAAAUGCACAUUUAAGCAACGUGGUCUCAUAGGACAAUCAUGACUCUACAUCAGUCAUGGGCAAACUAUGGCCUGUGGGAAAGAACCGGUCAUGCACAUAGUUUAAUCUGGCUCAUGGGUCAUACAUCCUGUUAUUUUUUUUACAUUUAAUUACCUUAACUGGUUAGGGCCUAAUAAGUCUCCAUGAUCUUUUAACGUGAGAUUUCAUGAGAUCUGACCUGUCCAAAAUGAGCUCUAAAUGCACAUAAUUAAGAAAUAUUCAUGCCAAAAUUAUACACAAUAUGCCCAAUCUGGCAACUCUCUCCACUGCAAAAAGGUGCUGCUAAACAUUUAGUAGCUGGAUCUAAAAGAGGCCCUAUUAUGCUUUUUGGGAUUUUACCUUUCCUUUAGUGUGUAACAUAGCUGUUUGUGCAUGUAAAAGGUCUGUAAAGUUACAAAGUCCACACCAAAGGGAGUUACUGUCCCCCACAGAAAACACUGCUCCUGAACUGCAUGAAACGCAUGGUUUGCAGUCCAGCAAUUAUUUCCGUGACAUAACUAUGUAACUAUGUAACACAUUUGCAUAAUGCCCCUAAUCCCUGGGAGCUGAAACUCGGUUAUGGUAAGGGGCGUUACAUUUCCGACACGCGCUCAAAGCAGUUGACCAAUCACAACAGACUGGGCCAGCUGAUCAAUCAGAGCAGACUGGGCUUUUUGGAAAAGGGUGGCUUUAAAGAGACAGGAGCUACAACAGAGCGUGUCAGACAGGGUGAAAAGAGGUGCUGCAGCAAUGUACAUAUGAGAAAAAGAAUGUGUUUUCUGAACAUUAAAACAUGUAAACCUAUUCUAAUAGACCCCCCAAAAAAUAUUAUAAAACUGUAAAUGAGCAUAAUAUGGGCUCUUUAAUAAUCUUCAGUGUAAAACAUUACUCACUCUGUUUCCUGUUGCACAGAGUAGACUUUUACCAUUUGUUUCUCUACUUAAUGUCUGUAAGCAGGGGUUAAAUUUGCCUGGAAUUGGCCAUGUGUUUCUGUCGAUGUGUGUCUUCCAUUCAAACAUUGUGUCAGGGUUAGGGUUAGCGCCGAUACACUUUUACCAUUUGAUUCACUUGCGCUUUGGGGGCGUAAGGAUAAUCUAGGGGACAGGACCCCCCUUGAUCUGGACCUGCUGUAGAGGUGGUAGAGGCAGCAUAUUUGAGAGCAGCACUGCUCUCUAGAACAGCACAGGACAGCAUGUGCCCGCAUACAGACAAGCAUUCCACUUCUCUCUGCGUUCCUCUCUGUUCCAUAUAAAUCGGGCAAUAUGAAACCAACUGCAUCACCGUUUCUGACACCUACUAAUAAACAGUUGCUUGUAUCAAAAGCAAAGAUCAUCAGCUACUGCUGGACCAACACACUAAGAACAUUUCACUGUUAUUUGUAUAUUUAUCUUUAUGUAUGAUUGACCAGACCAUUUAUUUUAUUUCAUUUUUUCCUUUUGCAAAUGUUUGUUUCCUAGCAAAUAUACAGUGGGGUCCACAAAUGGAAAUACUUAUGUUUUGCACUCCUAUAUUUAAUAGGGCCUGUAAAUAUUUUCAGUACAAAUUAUGUUAUCAGUAUAACAAUUUGAGUAAAAGGAUUUAAAAUACAGUACAUGUAUUUCAAAAUUUCCAUAUAAUAAAUAUUGAGAAAUUUUUGAAGGGUGGUCAUGUUAUUUCUCACUUAUAGUUAACCGGAAUCACUGCCUUAUUAUAUUUGGAACAUCAUGAAAUUAAAAUGGUUGUGAUUUAAAAAAAUGUAUUACUGUAUUUUGUCAUGAAAACUAACUGGCCACCUCCUUUUUGUUUAGUGAAUUCUAUAGGAUAAUGUCAUUGAUUAGGACAAAAUAACAAUUUUAAUGUUUCAAUAACAUAAAACAUUACAGAGUAUGAAAACAAAUUAGAAAUAUAUUAAAAUCUUCUUAAGUGUCCAGAAGUUUUUUGUUGUUUUUUUAGAUUUACAGCUUUGUCAUCAUUACUGUAGAAAUACCAGAGGAAAUAUCUUGGCCUAUAUGUUGGGGCCUUCGAAUAUUUUCUUGGACAGCUGGGGGCCUUAAAGUGAUUGGAAACCACUGAUUUAUGGAUUAUUAUCAGAAUUUCAAGUGAUGAACAUGGAUGAUAUACUGCAUAAUGAAUAAGACAGCAAUAAACAUUCAUUAUAUUUAAGAAAACAUAGAGCUAUGCUUGUGGGCAUUUUUUUAAAUUAUAAUUUUCUAUCAGGAUUGUGUACAUGUGCAGUGAUACUGUGAGCAAGUCUUGUGUCCAGGGCGCUCCGGUCACAGGAUUCAGUGUAACUACACUGCCUGCACUGCUGGUAGUUAUACACCUUUUGACGGUGCAAGACGACAGACUAGCUGAUGAGGAGACCACUGUAUGUAUGGCUCCAAGGCUGUAGGCGAAUGGUUAUCAACACAGGAGACUUUAAGGAACUUUUUAAAGAUACCUUUCUGUUCAUUGGACUUUAGAAAAAGUACUGAGAAACACCACC